AUGGUUUCCAAACUUAUAUUCAAAGGUGAGAAGAAAAAGAGUAGGAAAAAUAGAGUGCAAAAACAUGAAUGGCAACAGACAGCUGAUUCUAAUAAAACAAGUAACUCAACAUUUGCGAUAAAUGGCAAAGAAGUAAAAAUAGAUGAUAUCGAUCUUGCGGCUAUAACAAACGGUUGGACAACCGCAUACCUGAUUGAUAUACAAGCUGCAAACUCGUCCAUUCUAGAUACACAAUCUGGAAAUUUGCCAAUAAUAAUUACCUACGCCGAUGAUUCAAGAAACAUGUGUUUGAUGAGGGGUAAGCUUUCAUCGUCUGAAGAUGCCAGUAUCAAAAAGAAAUUAAUAUUCAGUGAUGAUGUUGAACUUUCAACUCUUGAAAAUACCAUAAUUUAUACCCCAGAAGGUAUAACAGUAGAGGCAGACAUUAACCGGAUUGAACCUACAAAUGUGAAUGAAGUUUUUCUUCUAUCUGAUGUUUCAACGCUUUUCAAAAACACAGAUAAAAUUAUCGGCAAUGAACAUAGCAAUGGUGUGUACAAUUCAAGGACGCCGGUAUAUUCUUUGAAAACUGCUGAUGGAGAGUAUCUCACCAGUGAUCCUUCAAGUAAUGAGUUGAAGCUCUCAAUGACGCUAACGGAAAACGGUCUUUUUUCUCUGAACUUUGAAAUGCUCGGGAUGACCCCAUAUUGUCGAAUUUUGGUAGGCAAAACAAACAGCAAUACAAUGAUGAUCACCAAAAGUGGGGAUUUAAAGGUUAUACCGGACCCAGAAGACGUACUAGGAUCAUUAUCGAGAUUUAUUAUCCGAAUUCGUAAACAGGAUGCUCAUAGGACAAAAGAAAUUCUCAAAGCUGCAAAAGAAAAUAGUCGGAGCGGGGAUUCUGAUAGGGAUGAAACUGCGGAGAAAGUUAAGAAGACAGCUCUAGAUCUAUCAAAGCUAGGGUUUAAAAUCAACAAUAAGACAUUAAAUGAGAUUUCAAAAGCCUAUGCAGAAGGAUGGAUCAAUGAAUGGGUUGUUGAUUUCAAAGAGAAAAACAUUCACGAUCGAAGGGCUUGA